AUGCAAAUUAGUGUCAUCGAGGACGACAGUUGGGUUUCCGCUUUCGACACUCCGUCCAAUUGGCCAUACCCCCAUCUGGCAAUUUCUGAAGGUCUGGUCCUCAAAUUUGUCAAGAUGGAGGUCUCAAGGAGGGGCCCCACCUUGUUCGAUAUGCCAGAAAAUAUCAAAAAUAGAAUCAUGGAGUUCGCUGGCCUGCGUCGCUAUUGUAUUAUCGACUUUUCCCUGGAGCAAACUCGCACCAAGCGAGACCCGCCUCUGUGUCCGAAAACUGAAUUGCGAGCGCAUCGCGGCCCCUGGCUUCCGCUUAGCCGCUGCUACCAUCCAAAGCUGCCGACAGAGGUGUUCUUAUCGUGUCGCACCUUGCGCCGGGAGGCCGGUGUCUAUUUCUUCUCCCAAAACCGCUUCAGCACGUUUCUUCGCGGCCGGGGGGACUUUGUGCUCUUCGAAAGGUCGAUGAAAUGGGGCUUGGACUAUAUUCGGUACUUGCAUGUGGAUCUUGGCCAUAAGGACAACCGAUCGCUCAAGCUAGCUUCUGGUGCCCAUCAAUCCUUGUUGAAAUACUGGGAGGAGUUCUGCAAGCUCGCGGCAAGGGAGAUGCCGAAUCUCAGAUACUUCAGCCUCAAAUGCAAGGCCCGUGAGCAGGAAGUGGUUUUUCGUGUGAUGCGUGACAUGGAUCCGUUUCCUACCCUGUUUAAGUGUGCCUUUCAUUUCAGCAGUAGUCAGGAUAAGAUCUGUAGUUUCCUGCCUGUGAUGAAGCGCACGGCGCGCCGCCUGACGGACAAUCUUCAUGUUCCACCAUUUCCGUUCAUGUACCUACCUAAGGAACUUCAGCUGAUGGCGCUCGAGGAACUGCUCGUCAAUCGUUCCGAUCCAUGCAUGACCGAUCCUGCUCGGGGCGUUAUCGUCUUGGAUUACCGCGACCGUCUGCGAUUCAAGACUUGCUGUGGCACCUGCUCGCCGGUUGGAGGCAUGUGCUUCUGUGAUAGCACUGAGACGGUAUACUCGACGAGCUGCACCUGCUUCGCGUCGCCCCUGCGCUAUUUCCUGGUUAAUCGGGAGUUUCAUGAGCUCGCCCGUCAGGUCUUCUGGGGUCGCAACAAGUUUCUGUUCGUGGAGGAGGAACCGACCUACACCAUGGGCUUCCUGAAUGGCAUUCCCACGGCGUCAACGCUGCUGGUGCAGAACUUGACGUUUCACUUUCCCCUGUGCUAUAGGAGCGCACCGCUGACGGGAACCCGCUCUAUGGAUUCCAGCCUGCGAUACUGGGCAGUUCUGCGCCGUUUCAUUCGGGAACACUUUGAUCUUGCGCGCCUGAACCUGACGAUCAUCGACCAGGGCCGGGCCACGGCGAUGUACUCGAUGGAUAACCGCAAGAGAUAUCUGCGCCGGCUGCUUAUGUCGUUUGCCGACUUGAGAGGCGUGCGAGGUUACCGGGUGCAUUUACGAGAUGACCGCGGGUUCGAGAGACAGGCCGUGAUGGCUGUCAUGGGGCGAUAG